AUGGACUUCAUCUUCCAAGACUUCAGCACAGCGACGGCUGAAGGCAACGGCUACCAGCUGGCUCAGACCUUGUCACCAGAACUGCCCCCAGAAACCCUGAAGAUCAUUUGGAAGAGUACCAAUCACAACGAUGCGAGGGGUUAUAUACGGCGAAACCUCAAGAAUGGAUCAUCGCCACUCAAGUUCUCGAACCAGGAGAUCGAUGCCUGGACUGACAUCUAUUUGUCCUACUGGACCGCCGUGGGCGCCAUCCUUGCGGUUCAGGGCAACAUCAUUGCCCCUGGCAGGCCAUCUUGGACCACUGUGUAUCAGGCCUGGAAGGACAUGACCCUGCUCAUCAAACGCGGCUACCAAGAGUUCGGCUUCGAAGCCUGGACGAUACCGUGCCUGUAUGUUGCAGGGAAGUACUUGAGGGUGUUCGCCAUCAAGGCAGACGAUGAGCGGGGUGCGAAUGCUGCAGAUCCCGGAGCUGCAGUCUUGGAUGACUUUGAUCCGGAGAUGGAGGCACAUCAGACUUUGGAGGAAUGCGCGCGCCAUCUGAACGGGCUGUUCUCUCUUUGCUUGACAGACCGGGCACCGCUGCAGGAGUCAAGGAAAUGGGCGAUCUACUUCAUCAUUAAUCUCCUAUUCAAGACGUACUUCAAGCUCAACAAGGCCAAGCUGUCCAGGACGAUUCUAAAGAAUCUCAGCGCAUACCAGGGGAACAUGCCCGAUCUGGACCAGUUCCCAAAGUCCCAGCAAGUUACCUUCAAGUACUAUGAGGGCGUUUUGUUUUUUCUCGAGGAGAACUAUGUGGAGGCCGAGAAGAGCCUGGCAGAGGCGUUAUCUCUCUGCCACAAAGAUGCACAGAGGAACAAGGAGCUAAUUCUGACCUAUCUCAUACCUUGCCACCUUCUCACCACACACACUCUCCCGACCCAGGCACUCCUGGAGCAUUACCCACGGCUGCAGAAACUGUUUCUGCCCUUGGCCCAGUGCAUAAAGAAGGGUGACCUGUACGCUUUCGACCAGGCACUGAAGGAGGGUGAGGAUGAAUUCGUCAAACGCCGAAUCUACCUACCCCUUGAACGAGCUCAUGACACCUGUCUCCGCAAUCUGCUGCGGAAGGUCUUCAUCGCAGGCGGAAUGGCUCCAGACGUAGACCCGCCUAUCCGCCGGACGCGCAUCCCCAUCGCCGAGUUCACAGCUGCCAUCAGCUUGAGCAGCAAGCAGCAGGUUGACUCGGAUGAAGUUGAGUGCCUGCUUGCCAACAUGAUCUACAAAGUGUUCAUGAAGGGAUACAUAGCCCGUCAGCAGCAGAUCGUGGUGCUGAGCAAAAAGAACGAUGCAUUUCCGGGUACAGGAGUUUGA